CCUCCGGGCCGUUACUACAUACACCAUGUUGUUUGCCACCCCCACUGGCCCAUACACAAACCCCAGUCCGAGAUUCAAACGUCUUGGACGUCGGUCACUUCCUCUGUUGGUAGGAGUUGGUAUAGUGUUCGGUCUUUCGUCAUACUACAAAUAUCAAACACAACAUCGGCUCAGCCAAGUUCAAGAAGAAGAGCGCCUACGCCGGAACCAACAACUCAUGGACGCAUACGGGCAUAAGGAGAGUCUACAAGACGUGGAACAUGCACUUGACAUGUACGAUAACUGAUUCGGGCUGAGAGCUCUUCUUUUUCUGAAACUUUUUUCUCUCGGUAGAGCCGACAUCCUUUGGGACAUCUGAGAAUACCCUCUUCUUGUCGAUCAUAUCGGAUGGCGUUAUUUGAACUCUCGGAUGGGCGUUUGGGGUUUGGGUUGUUUUUUCCUUUGUUCAAUGGCGGCUAUUGAUGG